CUGGGAAAACAAGUGUUGGUGCCAGAGCCUUCCUUCUGUGUAUUCCAAGGCUGCUUUUUCAGAGACAGGCUCAUGGAUACAGUACGGAUUGCAGUUGUGGGAGCUGGCGUGAUGGGGCUCUCUACCGCCGUGUGCAUUUCCAAAGCGGUCCCACGAUGCUCCAUGACAGUCAUUUCAGACACGUUCACUCCUGAGACCACGAGCGAUGUGGCAGCCGGAAUGCUUAUUCCUCCUACUUAUCCAGACACACCCAUUCACAAGCAGAAGCAGUGGUUUAAAGAGACCUUUGAUCACCUGUUUGCAAUCGCCAACUCGGCAGAAGCUGAAGAUGCUGGUGUUCUUCUGGUGUCUGGUUGGCAGAUAUUUCGGAGCAUUCCUACUGAAGAAGUGCCGUUCUGGGCUGAUGUGGUGCUGGGAUUUCGAAAGAUGACUGAGGAUGAGCUGAAGAAAUUCCCCCAACAUGUGUUCGGCCAGGCUUUUACAACGCUCAAAUGUGAAGGCUCUACCUACCUCCCGUGGUUGGAGAAAAGGAUAAAAGGAAGCGGGGGCUUGAUACUCACCCGAAGAAUAGAAGACCUGUGGGAGCUUCACCCAUCCUUCGACAUUGUGGUCAACUGUUCAGGUCUUGGAAGCAGGCAGCUUGCAGGAGACUUGAAGAUUUUCCCAGUGAGGGGCCAAGUGCUCAAAGUGCAGGCUCCCUGGGUGAAACAUUUUAUCCGAGAUGGAAGUGGGCUGACAUAUAUUUAUCCUGGUAUGUCCAAUGUAACCCUGGGUGGAACUAGGCAAAAAGGAGACUGGAACCUGUCCCCAGAUGCAGAAACUAGCAAAGAGAUUCUUUCCCGAUGCUGUGCCCUCGAGCCCUCUCUCCAUGGAGCCUGUGACAUAAAGGAGAAGGUGGGCUUGAGGCCCUCCAGGCCAGGUGUGCGGCUGGAGAAAGAGCUCUUAGCCCAGGGCAGCCAGAAGCUGCCUGUGGUCCAUCACUACGGCCACGGAAGUGGGGGUAUUGCCAUGCACUGGGGCACUGCUCUGGAGGCCGCCAGGCUGGUGAGCGAGUGUGUCGAAGCCCUCAGGACCUCUGCUCCCAAAUCAAAGCUGUAGGCAUCAAAUGAUAGCAAAUGGCUCCAGGAACUAUUAAUCAAAAUGUAAUUUAAGUACCAGAAAUAACUUUUCCAUUGAAUGAAAGUUUAAUUGGGCAUAACUUUGUUUUCAAAAUUAGAAAUGAUGCAAUAUGUAUCAGUAGACUUAAGACUAGUACUAAUAUAACAGUACUAGACCUUAGUCUAGUACUAAUGACAUAGGGCAUAAAGCUCUAUUUUUGUUAAAAAUACUUGCUAUAAAGUAAGAUUUCUUUUAGAUGUCAUGUCCAAGGAUCUAUGCUAAUUCACAUGGAUGCAGGGAUUUUUUUUAUUUUUUUUUGGCUCAUAAAUCCACAAGAGGAGAUGAUGUAUGGAAAACACUUAACCUACUGUUGGUUGCAGAACUGCCCAUGGUGCUUGUAGGCUGUAGUCAAGUGAACACUAUAAUCCUUUAAAAUUAUACAAUUCAGGCUUGUUCUAUUUAGUGGAAGACAAAGCAUGAUUCCUGCUAGUACUAGCGGCAAUCUCUACUUCCCUUCAGCUGGUACUGAUGGUAGAAGAUAGGGAUGAUGUUGCCUACAGAUGUGGCUUCAACUCAAUUGCAGUCUGGGGUCAAUCACCUAAGGGGCAUGCUUUCCAUUACCACAAAUGAUUGAGAGCUGGCUCAUUGGAUGGUUGGCUUUGUCUAAGCUUUUCUGAAGAUUGAAUAGCAUAUGCGGCCAAAGAGCUAAUUUGCUAAUUGAGAUGGAACAAUCACUGAAUGAAAUACAACCAAAGAGUUUUCUGCAAGUUGUUAAAAAAAAGUGCUGGUGAGAAGUGGAAAUGUGUCUCAUGAUAAAAUGAGUUUGGGAAUCACUGAAUUAAUAAAUCUAAUCUGGAUUCUUGGUCUUUAA